AUGGCGAAUGGAUCCGAAGAACUGCUGGUUGCACGCGGAAUUGGACAGGCGAUUCAACUUUUUUUUCAGAGCGAUGAUUCUGAUAUAUGGGACGACACCGCACUAAUAAAGGCUUAUGACAAGGCAGUCGCCUCUUUCAAGACUGCCCUGAAAGGUGACGAAGAGCCAGAAGUAUCCAAGAAAAAACAACCAGGAAAAAAGCGCAAGAACAACAAGAAGAAUCAGAGCCGAAAAAGAAACAACGCUCCGCCAGACAAAGAGUGGCAGGUUGGAGACCCGUGCAGCGCUUACUGGUCAGAGGAUGGCCUACUCUAUGCAGCCACAAUUUCCUCCAUUGACCAGAAAAGGGGAACUUGUAUAGUUGUUUUUACAGGAUAUGGCAAUGAAGAGGAGCAGAACCUGGAAGACUUGCUAUCAGAGGUUUCUGAGGCCGGUGAGGAAACAAAUGCCAAGGUAAAUGUGGUAGAGUCGUCAACAGAGGAGAGUGACCGGUCAUCCACACCAAACAAACCAAAACACCAGUCACACAGUAAAGCCCAGACGUCCAAGCCUCAUAAAGAACCUCCUCCAAUGUGGGCUCCUGGCUUCCCUGGGUUCCCCCCAGGUCCACCUCCCAUGCAUACCUUUAGAAAGGGUGACAACAGACCUCCGAGUGGAUGCCCACCUAUACCUCCCUCCUGGCCUCCAAUGAUGCCUUUUGGUCCACCUAUGAUCCCUCCACCUCCUCCGCUGAGUCUCGACAUGGUGGAUGACGAGGCUUUGGGUAGUGUGCUCAUCUCCUGGUACAUGAGUGGAUAUCACACAGGGUACUACCUGGGGUUGAAACAAGGACGCAAAGAGGCUGCCAAGUGGAACGAACUGCACCACAAGUGA